GUCCCAUCGCCUUCAACAGGGUAACCAAAUCAAAUCCUCACAUCUCUUUCCCUCUUUCUUCCUUUCUUUAUCCACCUGCUAUUGCGAACCCAAACAUUUUUAAUCUAGAAAAAGCAAAUUACAAAACAUCCUCACUACUUCUCUCUCUGUCAUCUCCCUUCUAUGUGCAGACAGUGAUAACCCAUCUCGUAAUCCUGCAAAAUUUUGGAAAUUCUCAUCUGGGAAUUCUUGUUUCUUCCUCCAGAGUCAUAUCCCUCUUCGUCUCUACUUUCAUUUAGUUACUGCUUCAAGGGUUUUGUCUGAAUGAGGAUUGAAACGGGUUUGGUUGAUCAAAAGGGUCAGGACAUCUACGAAUUUCCGGGGGAGAAGACCAACAAGCCCAAGAAGAACAGGAGACGCAACAAGAGAUCAACACCCAGCGUCGUCCAGAAACUCUUUGAUACCUGCAAGGAAGUGUUUGCCACCGGAGAAGCUGGGGUUGUUCCUUCCCCUGGAGAUGUGGAACGUCUGCGCUCGGUACUUGAUAGCAUGAAACCAAAGGAUGUUGGGUUGACUGAAGGCAUGCCAUGUUUUCGAACCAUCGACGGCGAAGGAACCCCUCCAAUAACAUACUUACAUGUCUAUGAAUGUGACAGAUUCUCGAUUGGGAUAUUUUGCUUGCCACAGUCUGGAGUCAUUCCUCUACAUAAUCAUCCAGGCAUGACUGUUUUCAGUAAGCUCUUAUUUGGGUCCAUGCACAUCAAAUCAUACGACUGGGUAACUAAUGCCUCCAACAACACAAAGGAGAAUCUCAAUCCUUUGCACUAUCAGCCUACUGGGAUCCGGUUGGCAAAGAUGAAGAAUAAUUCUGUCUUUACUCCCCGAUGCAACACAUCUAUACUAUAUCCAACUGCAGGGGGAAACAUGCACUGUUUCACAGCAGUAACACCAUGUGCUGUUCUGGAUGUGCUUGGCCCACCAUAUUCUGAUCCUCAAGGCCGGCAUUGUACAUAUUAUAGUGACUUCCCCUGUGCCAGCUUCUCAGGAGAUGCUGGUUUGGGGACUGAAGAUGGGAGGGAGGGAUAUGCAUGGCUUGAAGAGAGAGAAAAACCGGAGGACUUUGUGGUUUUAGGAGCUAUGUAUAGAGGCCCAAAAAUUGUGGAGAAAUGAUUUUACUUUGCUUUUUCUUCCAAUAGGGAAAACGUCUACCAUCUGCCAAGUUGCAUGGCACCUAUGUUUAAAUACACAGAGAAGGGGUGGGUGAAAUGAUGGCCUUGUUGCCUCCAUGAAAAUGCAAAAAUCUCACCGAUCUUGAUUCUCCAGUCAACCUUGCAUUCAAACCCAAGACAGACAGACAUUGGGGGCUUGCACGACUAGAAGAAAAUAAAGCAGAGGCCUUAUCUCGGCUCAACCAGCUCAACCAUCUGUGGCCAAAUCAAACUCCCAAACCAGCUCCCAAAUCGACUGAGAGCUCCUUGAACGUUUCCUUUAAACACCUAACACAAUAUGAGAUGAUCGAGAAGUGUUCCAAGGGAUUGUGCUUCAACUGUGAAAAUAAGUUCACCCCCCUAAGUUCAAAUCCGGUCAUUGAUGCGAAAGGCGGCAACUGGUCCUAGGAAUGGAUGGCGAAAAAGAGAGAGCAGAAAAUGAGGUUGUAGAUGCUUAUAACGCGAGUGUGAUGAAGCUGAACUAGAUGCAAUCACUACACCUACGAUAUCAUGAAUGAUACAAGUGAAGGCUGAACUGAAAUAUCACCAAAGGAA